AUGCACGCAUUUUUCUCUUUUCCUUGGCUGCAGCUGGAUCUGGCACUGCAUUUGCGCCCUUUCUCGAAGCAAAUGGAAGCAUUAUGUUCUGAUGCGCGCAAAAUUCAGGUUUGCAGCAGCAGAAAAGAUCUGGCAAGAUUCCCUGCUUUCAAUGAUGCAGGGCCAAAGCACUCUGCAAGGGGCAUCUCCACGCAUAUUUUGUCUCUUUAUGGGCUCUUUGCAGAUGUGCUAUUUUCUCGGGAAAUUUUGCUUGCACUUUCAAGGAGCAGAGCCUUUUUAUGCGCAACUCCCGCCGGGUGCAUCGAUGCUCUGCUCCAGAAAGUGGGCACGGAUGGACUUGCUGGAAUGCUUGUGCAGAUGCACGGAGGCAGUUUCUUCCUGGAGAUAGAAAGUGCUUUUGACUGGCUUGGUGCGGACAGCACGGGGGAAAGAAGCAUGUGCUGGGCCUUUGUAGGCCUGGGACAAUUUCUCUUCUGCAGGCCGCCAGGGCGUCUGCGGGAGGGUAUCGGGCGUGGGGACUCUCCACAGAACGGCUGUUUAUCCCGCCCUUUGACGAGGAGCGUGCGCAUGCAUGGCCUUGCCCAUACGCGGCAUGUAUGCAUGCUUUUCCUCCGAAAGAGCGCGUCUUUAGGGGUAUUUAUCUUUUUUUUUCUUGUUGCGCAUGGAGAGAGUUCUUGA